CUGUUCGCGCGGGGACAAAGCCACGUGACUCCACAACUACUUAAGAUAGUGGCGCGCUUCUGAACAGUGUUGUGAGAGGACUCGCUAAAUUUUGGACACGCACAUCACGAAUACAUAAGCCUCAUCCUUCAGACUAUUUGAGGAGAAAAACAAACAUGGCAUCCAUCAGGAAACUGAAACCCUCUGACAGACUCCAGGCUUCCUCUGACAAUAUCAAGAGCUUUUUCCAGGCCCCAGCCUCUGGCCCUUGCGCAAGGAGAACCCUUCAGGCCCUGCAGCCCUCUGCGGUGAACAAGAACAUCAAAAGAACUGCGGAGACGGGUAAGGCGGUUCCGAAGCGGAAGCUGUGGAAUGCGGAGCAGGUGAAGGGUUCUAAGAGGGUCAAAGCGGAGGUGGCUGUGCGGAGUGUGGACUCUGAGAAUGACAACAUCCCACAGGGGGUCACCCGAGAGGCCUAUGAGCUCAUGGUCAAGGAAACCACCCCGUCGUCCUACUGGAAGGAAGUGGCAGAUGAGCGCCGCAAGGCCCUGUAUGACGUGUUGCAGGAGAACGAGAAGUUGCACAAGUCUAUCGAGGCAAAGGACGAGGAGAUAACGCAGCUGAAGACUGAGAAUGCGGAGCUACAGGAACUGGCACAGCACGUACAGCACAUGGCCGAUAUGAUCGAGAGGUUGACUGGAAAGACUGCAGAUAAUGACGACCUGCGUGAUCUUGCCUUCGACGCGGAGGAGGAGGAGGAAGAUGACGAGGAAGAUGAACAGGAGUCAGAAGGUGAGGAAGAGGACUCUCAAGAUGAUGAUGACGACGAAGAGGAGGAUUCACAGAAUGAAGAGGCGGAAGAGUCUGCAAGUGAGGGCUCAGAGGACACUUGUAACACUCGGUCGUCUACAGAUGGCCAGGAAGACUCCGAACCCAGUACAAGUGCCUAACUAGCUGGACUAAUGUUGACACACAGACACACAGACACACAGACACACAGACACACAGACACACAGAGUGGGCUUCCAAAUGGAGUAUAGUCAAUCCAGCACUGCAGUGCAGCCUGGACAGUUCUACACAAAAGUAAUGUGUGCAAUCGACCACUUUGUUCAGUGGAAAAAGACAUGGUAUUUUUAUUGAUAUUUUAUUUCAGGUGGUAUUUUAUUUGCUUUACUCAUGUUUAAACUUUUGAGUGCAAGUUUUUUUUUUUGCACACUUUGUGUACAUAUGCCGUUUUUAUAACAUGUACACAUGUACAAUAAACUGCCAUAUUUUUU